AUGACAGACCUCACGCCAGUCCUCAACUCUCUCCUCGCGGCACACAAGGCGCCCCCAAUCCAACAUACCGUCUCCGUAUCCCCCUCAAACGCAGACGAGUUCCUCAAAGAAGCCUAUCGCAUCGUACGCCCUCUACUCCCCCUCCCCUCCAAACAGCCAAACAAAACCCCCACUAACAUCCGCCAGAAUGCCCACAUAAGCUCCCUCCUCAAAUAUCUCCACUCCAUCCGCCCCGCCUACCUCAGCACAACAACUCACUCUAGCACAUCCUCCACCACAACCCCCCUCACCGACCCAGAUCGCGACUCAAUCGACAGCUCCACCUCACUACUCCUCCGUGACCUCGCAGCAUCCAUCUCAAACCUCUCCUCCGCUGAAUCUCUCCGCCAAGACACCCAAUCGAGCCUCCUCCGCGCCCGCUACGGCCACUCCGCCGCCGGCGCCGCACUCUUCCGUUGGGCCGGCGCAGAUGCCAAAUCACCCGACCAACUCGCCGCCGAGGAGCGCGCACGCACCCAGGCUGCCGUUCGCGAGGCCGUGCUCUGGUACCUGCGACACACGCUCGAUGGUGCGGCGGGCGUGCAGCGCAACAUGGUCGAGAAGCGCAUCGAGCGCGUGCGCGAGCGCGAGAAGAGCGUGCUCUACAAGAGCGCCGCGAAGCCGGCCGCGAAGAUACGGGCCCAGCCUGAUGCGUAUGCGGGCGUGGUGCCGGCGAGCGCGACCGCGUUGAGCGAGACGGAGGCGGCAGCGAUCGAGGCAGAGCUGUCGCCGGCGCAGUUGCAGUUGUUUGCGGAGGAGAACGACACCAUGCUAAGGCAUUACGAAGAUACCCUGGGAAAAGUACAGAAUGCGGAGAAAUCGCUCCUGGAGAUCUCAUCUCUGCAAGAAACGCUCGUUUCACACCUGUCCACUCAGGAGGAGUACAUCUCGCAAUUGGUCAGCGAUGUAGAUACGACGCAGGUGAAUGUGGGCCAAGGAAACCGCGAGCUCAAGCGGGCGACAGAGCGGCGUAGUACGGCACAGGCAGUGUUUUGGGGCACUGUUGGGCUGUGUACGUGGCUUGUGGUGUGGGAUUUGGUGUUCUGA